AUGGAUUUUUAUCUGACAUUAUCCAGCAAUGCAAGUACAAGGAUUUACAAGGAUAACAAACCUGGUAAAUAUACUGACAAAUUACCCAAACAGAUUUUUUUACCAGAAAAUGAUUGGGAGGUGGCGUUGGCUAGCAUUUCUCUUCCUGAUAUGGCUCCCCAGGUGAAUAAAUUUAUCGCCACAAGAAGACCCUUCUGGCUCAAGCGAUGUUUUUUAGUAAGACAUGUGAUACGGACGGAGAUGUGGAAUUGCCUGUGAUAAGAUUGAUAGACACAGGUACAGUCGAUUCUAGUAAACCAGAUAAGAAUGGUAACCCAUCAAAAGUAUACAUAUGGUCCAAGGACAAAUACGCUGGUGAUCAUACUCGUUAUUACUGGGAUCAAAUAGUGAGUGAAAUAGAAUUGGAUUUGCAAGAAGAUUGCCAGGUCUUCACAAAAAUAUUGCAAAGUGGAUAUGAUGUCUGGUCACGUUUUGCAAACUUGAUCACCAAUAAACUGUAUGAAAACAGCAAAUCUACUGUGAAUGUCAAGAAAUAUCGCGAUAUUGCAGACGGUUAGUAUGUGAUCAACCCUAAUGGGGAAUCAGUGUUACAGAGAAGAAAUUCUCUUACUGAAUGUAAACAUGCUGAUGGAAAAAGUAAACUUCCUUUCUUUGAAUGGGUACAGAAUGCAUACAAAUUUGAAUUGAAGAUCAACAACGAAGGGGUGCAAUACAAGGAGGAUUUCGAUGUCCAUUACUUGAUGGGUAGAAUGCCGCUAAUUCAUCAAAGGGACGAUCUCCUGCAGCAAUUGAGAAGGUGGUUUUGUGAACAAAACUACAUAGACAUUGACGUGGAGAUGGCCGAAAAAUUUCAAUUGGUAGAGGAAAUAGAAAAAACAGACAGUUCUGGCCAAAAAACGAAAGAACUAUGUUUAUCAAGUACCGUCGGAGUGGAACAUUUCAGGGAUCCUAAUUUGCAAAUGUGGGGUGGUGAACCUGAAAAAUACCUAUGGAAAGGUAGUCCAUACACAUCAUCCACAAGAUGCAGCACAAAAAUAUGUACGAUUUUAUUCGUACGUCACUUGGUAUUUCUCAGGCUUAGAUGAAAAAAUUUAUCAGGAAUUUGUGGAUCCCAAUAGAACACUGUUUGUGUAUACAGAUUUGACACAGACACAGAUCGUGGGUGGCACAGAAACAGAUUUGUUGAGGGAGGUUUCGUUCAACAAUUACGAAAACGGAAAAUAUCUAUAUAAACCGUUAAAUCUACAGUAUAUACCCAUUCGGAAAAAUGUGUACACCAUAGAAGUGGGAUCAGUGAAACCGAUGGAACACAGGUAG